AUGCAUUGGCUGGGACUCUUGUCCAUGCCCCUCGCCGUCCAGGCGCAGGGCUUCAGCACCACCAUGCUGCGGUUCGGCUGCUCUCAGAUUGUCAUCGACCGAAUCGACCCCCUAGUCGAACCGGGUAGCAUCCCAUCUGCCCAUGUGCAUCAGAUGUGGGAGAACGCCUUCAACGCCUCGAUGCCCGUAACCGACAUCUCCAAGCUCGCCUCGUGCACGUCAUGCACCUUUGACCAGGACUUAUCCAACUACUGGACCGCCAACGUCUACUUCCGCGCCCGCAACGGCACCUUCAAGCGCGUUCCGCAGAUGGUCAACGACCAGAUUGGCGCUGCCAACGGAGGCAUAACAGUGUACUACACUGCGCCAGGACCAAACACAGUCACCGCUUUCAAGCCAGGCUUCCGCAUGUUCUCUGGCGACGUCGCCCGCCGGACGCCCACCAACCUCGGCCGCAAAGUUCAGAGCUGCUUCCGCUGUUACACAGGACCCAACUUUGGCGGAAACACAUACUCGCCAUGCUUUGACCUGCAGCGCGACACCGAGGGUUUGCCCCAAACCCCGUGCCCGGGCGGGAUCCGGUCCAGCGUGAUCUUUCCAAUCUGCUGGGACGGCAAGAACCUCGACUCGCCUAAUCACAUGGAUCAUGUGGCUCACCCUGUUGACGGUCCCGCCUCGUUUGCCAUGGUCGACGGCAAGUGCCCGUCGACGCAUCCGGUCAAGAUCCCGCAGGUGCACUAUGAGAUCGUCUGGGACACAACCAAAUUCAACAACAAGGAAGAGUGGCCCGAGGCCGGCUCGCAGCCGUUUGUGCUGUCAACCGGCGAUCCCACCGGAUACGGCCAACACGGCGACUACGUCUUUGGGUGGAAGGACAAUACUCUCCAGCACGCCAUGGACAACCGCUGCUUCGGGCCGACCUGCCGCGGCCUGACGACUCAGGGCUUCAACAAGGCCAACCAGUGCACCGUCAAAACCGUAGUCAGAGAGGACAACAACGGCUGGCUGAAAGAGUUGCCCGGUGGUCAUCACAUCAUGUAG